AUGAGCUCCCAGCAGAUGCCGCGGGCUCGGAGGUUCCUCCUCGAGGCAGGCGACUGUCCCGGCUCAGCUGUGCCCCCCGAGUUGCAGGAGGCGUUUGGCCCCGGGCACUCCGUGGCGAGGCAGAUGCAGCGGUGCCCCGGCAGCCACUGCCUGACGCUGCCCAACAUCCCCAUUGACGUCUUCAUCGCCACAGGAGGCGGCGGCCGGGCUCGCUCCGCCUGA